AACACAUCUACUCCAUCGGUCGAGUGUUGGGUGAUAGAAAUGUGCUCUACAAGUACGUGAAUUCGAACUUGCUGGCGGUGAUGACGCUGGGCGAGAGUGCCCUCGAGAAGGUGGACAUCGUUUCGCUCUACCUCAUCGACGUGGUCGUCGGUAAGGUGAUCCACAGUGCGGUGCAUCGACGCUGCAACCAUCCAGUCAGCCUCUUGGUCUCCGAGAACUGGGUCCUCGUAAGUGCAUCGCUUUUUGUGGAAAUUGAGCUCGUUAUUACCACUGCCACUGUUGUUUGGUUCUGUCAUACUAAGUGGCAAAGAAAAUGUGUUCGAUAUCAGGAAAACUCAGAUUUCGGCAAAAUUCUGCCUAAUACCCUUAAAUACACUAAACUAAACAAGUAG